CGCAGUAAUUCUAACAGAGUGGGACUUCAUUCUUUCUAGCUCCUCUUUGCUCCAAACUACACUGUCCAAAAAUACGGUCCGAUUAAUUUUAGACAGUCAAUGGGGCACGCGGACUUAAUGCACGAGCUAUAAUAACCCACGCUCGCCACACUUAACGAUUGAGGACAUGUCAUUUAGUUAAGGUUGCACACAAUGUUGUUCAGGUUCGGUGUUAUUCUCACUCCGGAGUCUUCGGAUGUAAAGGUCUUUGUUUUGGGUUCGCGUGCAGAAAUGGGCCACUGGGACUUGAGCGGAGCGGUUCAGAUGAAAGCCUCACAGAAGCUCCUGUCAACGCACGAACCGGGUCUAUGGAUCGGCGACGUGCAGCUGGCAGAGCCGUUCAAAGACACACUGUGGUUCAAGUUCGUCAAAAGAGUCAGCGGCGCUUAUAUCUGGGAAGGUAGCAGUCCGAGCCAUGACAGAUGUUGUUCAUAUGAUGAGAUGAACGUGGUGGAUGGAGUUUACUGCCAUCCGAUUGGUCACUGGAUAGAAGAAACAGGACACACAGAUGAGAUGAAACACACCACCAACUUUUACUUCAGUGUGGCAGGUCAGAAGGCCAUUCAUUUCUCCAGGGUGCUGCCACGUAUUUGGCUGGGCAGCUGCCCUCGACAGGUGGAACAUGUGACCGUAAAGAUGAAGCAGGAAUUGGGGAUUACUGCAGUGAUGAACUUCCAGACAGAGUGGGAUGUGGUGAACAACUCCAGUGGCUGCAGGCACAACCCUGGGGAAGCCAUGACCCCGGAGACCAUGAUGCAUUUGUACAAAGACUGUGGCCUGGUGUAUGUGUGGAUACCCACACCUGACAUGAGCACGGAGGGUCGGAUCAGAAUGCUUCCCCAAGCUGUUUUCUUGCUCCAUGGUCUCUUGGAGAAUGGCCACACUGUCUAUGUUCACUGUAAUGCUGGAGUCGGCAGGUCGACCGCAGCUGUGUGUGGACUGCUCAUGUACAUCCUUGGCUGGAGCCUGAGGAAGGUGCAGUACUUUGUUGCAACCAGGAGGCCGGCAGUGUACGUAGAUGAGGAGGCUUUAGUCCAGGCUCAGGCUGACUUCAUCCAGAAGUUUGGACAACUGCGAUCAUCCAUCUCUUACCCAGAGACAUGAGAAUUGAGUGUGCUCAUACUGAAGUCUUGACAUUUGAAGCAGAAUUUACAUAUAUGUAAAGCUCCACUGGACUGGACUCUUGGAAACUAAAAUUAUUCCUGACAAUGUGUGAAAAAUAUACGUCAGCAUGAAAGGAGCCAGAAGGUGAAAUAACCUAUAGCAAUUAAAUUAACUUAUUUCCACUUCAAUCUAAUUCAAGUAAAUGACCCACUUCAGCUGAGUGGCUUUCGAAAUCUGGUUGAUCCCCAAGUAUUUGGAGAGAGUUCUGCUGGCUGACAGCAUAGAUGUUCCAAGCAAUUAAUCCUACUGUGAUGUGUUAGCUUUUAACUUCAGGAAUUACCCUCUGCCAUUUAGCACACACAGUUGGAAAUUGUGCACUUGGACUGAGCUUCAUGACACUGUUAGUAGUUUUCAGUUAAUGUCUGCAGGGGGGCUUGGAAAGACCUUUUCUUUUAGCCUUUUUUGUAAUGAUCAAUACAUAGAGUUGACAUUUCAGAAGGCAAUGUUUAGCUGAUGUGUUGGACAACAAUGAAUAUGAAUAUACAGCAAAUAAAAAAUAUCACUAUAUAACAAUACCGCUGUUUGCUCUUAUCCAACACGCUGUGCUCCUCGGUAAAGGGUUAGUCCACAUUGCUAUUGCAUGGUUGUGUAUCAAUUUACCCUUUUUAAUUCAGAACAAAAAAAGAAUCUCUUUUUUUUUCCUCAAAAGGUCUUAAUGCUCGGUCCUUCUUGCCAAAGCAACAAAUCAAUUCCAAAAACCUAAAAUAAGGACAAUGCCUGUCCCUCUCUGUGAGAGAGGUAUUCCGAUCCCAGACAUUGAAGAAUGCAGCGCCGCCCCAUCUCUCUCAGAGAGCUUGACAGCAUUUCAUCUUUAUUUAUUAAUCCGACAGAUGCUAUUCCGACCCAUCUCCUAAAUAACGAAAACAACAUGCCUGCCAGACCAUUUUAAUGCAUACAUAAUAAGAAAUUAUUGGAAUACUGUUUUGUUGUCAAUUCUGAAUGUGUGCCUAGACUCCUAUUAAGGAUAUAUUGCUUUUUUUGAUAGAGUGUUUGUGUUACUUGUCCCUGAUUUAAGAAAGUUAGUGGAGUCGGGAGGAGGGAAGAGUUUUCUCCUUAAGCAUAAUUGAUAUUCUCAUUACCUUUCAGUGAGUCCCUUCAGCAGACAGCACCUCGUGAGGGUGUCAGCGGGGAUGGAUGGGUGGGUGGAAUGAACCAUGCACGUGUGCUAGUGGAAGAAAAUCAUUGUGGAUUUUUAAAUGCUCUUAAAAAUAUUCACAAUAACUGAAUAUGAAAUGAGUGACAUGCUUUUCUUCUUCUUUUUGACCAAGCAGAGUAAUUACUGCAUUCAGGAAAAGUAAUGUGAUUACAGUGCAGUUUGUGCUCUGUUCUAGGGUUUGUCACUUAAUGGAUGCCCAUGUAAUUGGUUUCCAACAUGUGGCAUUUAUUCCACAAAUGUAUUCCCAGUGAUUCAUUUUAUAAAGUAUGUGUAGUUCGCAGGAUCUGCCAAUCACCUACACCGGUUCCUCCAGAUCACAUUAGCGUAGGCAUUAGAGAGCAUUUGCAACUGUCACAUAGGGGGCUUUUUAUGAUGUAGAUGAAUAAACAAGAACCAUUCAAUCCAGAAUGUGCAGAGAAAAUACACUG